UCUCUCUGUAGAUCUUGUUUCCAUGCUUGGGAUGCAAUGGCGAUUGCAGCAGUGGUUGUUCUGCCGUUGGGCCUGCUCUUCCUUCUCUCAGGGCUCGUCGUCAACUUCAUUCAGGCAGUUUGCUUCGUCCUGUUUCGUCCAUUUUCGCAGAGUUUAUACAGAAGGAUCAACAGGGUAGUCAUAGAGUUACUGUGGUUGCAAAUUGUAUGGCUUUUUGAUUGGUGGGCUAACAUGAAGGUGGAGCUGUACACAGAUUCAGAAACUUUUCAGUUUGUGGGUAAAGAACAUGCACUCCUCAUUCCUAAUCACCGAAGUGACAUUGACUGGCUUGUUGGGUGGGUCUUAGCUGAGCGUGCAGGUUGUCUUGGUAGCACAGUGGCUAUAAUGAAGAAAUCAUCAAAAUAUCUCCCAGUUUUAGGUUGGUCAAUGUGGUUUUCUGAUUAUGUCUUUUUGGAAAGAAAUUGGGCCAAAGACGAGGAGACAUUGAAGUCUGGUUUUCAACAUCUAAAGAACUUCCCUCAGCCUUUAUGGUUGGCUCUUUUUGUGGAAGGGACUCGCUUUACACAGGAAAAGCUUUUGGCAGCUCAAGAGUAUGCUGUCUCAGCUGGGCUUCCUGUUCCGAGGCAUGUUUUGGUUCCUCAUACCAAGGGUUUCGUUUCAGCAGUGAAUCAUUUACGUUCUUUUGUUCCAGCAAUUUAUGAUAUUACAGUUGCUAUCCCUAAAAAUGAGCCUCAGCCUACAAUGUUGAGAAUAUUCCGGGGGCGAUCUUCUGUGAUACAAGUGCAUGUCAAGCGGCAUCUUAUGGAGGAACUGCCGGAAACAAGUAGUGACAUUGCAGACUGGUGUAGAAAUAUGUUUGUGGCCAAGGAUGCUUUAUUGGAGCAACACCUCAUCAAGGGUACAUUUGCUGACAAAGAAUGUCAAGAGAUUGGUCGACCCAAAAAGUCUUUGUUCGUUGUUAUCUCUUGGUUAUGUCUCCUUCUAUAUGGAAGCUACAAUUUUUUUGAAUGGCUUUCGGUCCUGCCUUCAUGGGAAGUCCUUACACUUUGUAUAACUUUUCUCACAAUUGCCAUGAUCAUCAUGCACAUUCUGAUCGUGUUUUCCCAGUCCGAACAUUCUACCCCUCCUAAGGUACCUUCAAGAGAUCCAUUGAAGGAGAAUCUACUUCAGAACUGAGCAAAUGGUAAAACAACAUCACUUAUUUCCAGCUCAUGUAUGCUGGGUAGCUCCUUUCAGCAUCUGUAUCAAUCAUCAACACAACCAGUUCCCAUUAACAUUGUAAUCUAAGCGUACUCAUACAAAAGCACCAGGCUGCUUACUCUCUCUAUAGCCUUUUAUCCUUUGAUUCACAUUCCCACACGAGUUUUAGCUGUUGUAAUCCGUGAUUGGGCGUUGUAUUGUUGUUGUGCUUGUGUGCUAAGGCUUAUUCAAGUGUGCAUACAUCAUAUGUAUUUUCCAUGCAAAGUUUUGAUUCUUUUGAAUCUCUAUGGUAUAUG